AUAGCCACCGCCCUCACUCCAUCUCCCCCGUUCUCAUUGCCAAUCUUUGAUCCCGUUUCCAAACCCCCGAUUCAAUCUCAAUUUCGACCUUCAAUUCAUGAUUUAGAAGAAUCUAGGGUUUUAAAUUAUUGUUGUUCGAAACCCUGAUUUAAUUCCAAUUAGUAUUAAUUCUCACCGAGACAGGGGAGAAUGACGACGAUGAGGGGGAGCAGAUCUGAGAAGGUGAAGAGAAUAUUCCAGCAAUUCGAUGCCAACGGGGACAGCGGCCUGAAUCGGGAGGAAAUGGCCGCGCUGGUGGUCGCCGUCAACCCCCGCGUCAAGUUCAGCGACGAGCAGAUCAACGCCAUCCUCGACGAGGUCUUCAGGACCUACGACGAGUUCAUCGACGGCGACACCGGCCUCACAUUCGACGGCUUGCUGCGCACCUACGACGACGGCGCCGGCGACGUAGACCGCGACUUCGAUGCUCUGGGCCUCGAGCUCAAGCCCGAAAACGACAACGGGAUCUCCAUCGCCUCCGAAGAGGCGUCCUCCUCCAUUGCCGCCGACGACAGAGUGAUGGAACCCCACAAAAAACAGAGGACCGCCGCCUGGGCCGCCUCGCCCAACCACGGUAUAGUAUUCGACGACACCUGGAAGCUAGUAGACGACCUAGAAAUCCUUAUAAAGCGUCUCAAAUCCAAGCAAUCCAACAACCGCAAGCUGAAGAACGAUAACUCCGACCUCUACUCCGAUCCAGGCUGGUCUCGCGAAUUGGGAGCUUCCGCCGAGAUAUCCGAGAAACGGGUGGCGUGGGACCACUCCGGCCACGACUACCCUACCUUCCUGAAGGAUCUAGGGGUGCUGAGGUCCAGGGCAGACGGUUCCAGGUCAAGGGAAGAAGCUUUCGACGGCCACAUGGCUUUGGGCAGAGUGUUAUACGACAACCAACUGUUCAAGGAGGCUCUGGUGAGCUUUAAGAGGGCUUGUGAAUUGCAACCGGCAGACGUGAGGCCUCAUUUCAGAGCAGGAAACUGCUCUUACAUCCUCGGAAACCACCGCGAGGCCAAAGAAGAGUUUCUCAUCGCAUUGGAUGCUGCUGAAGGUGGGGGUAACCAGUGGGCUUAUCUCCUCCCUCAAAUCCAUGUCAACCUUGGGAUUGCCCUCGAAGCUGAAGGUAUGGUCUUAAGUGCCUGUGAGCAUUAUAGAGAGGCUGCCAUUUUAUGUCCCACUCAUUACAGGGCACUGAAACUCUUGGGCAGUGCCCUGUUCGGCGUGGGUGAGUAUAGGGCUGCCGUCAAGGCACUUGAAGAGGCCAUUUACAUGAAGAACGAUUACCCGGACGCGCAUUGUGAUCUAGCUUCGGCUUUGCACGCCGUAGGGGAUGAUGAUGAUGCGAUCAAGGAGUUCCAGAGAGCCAUUGAUUUAAGACCUGGGCAUAUUGAUGCUCUGUACAAUUUGGGUGGGUUGUAUAUGGAUAUGGGGAGGUACCAGAGAGCUUCGGAGAUGUACACCAGAGUCUUGGCUGUUUGGCCCAACCAUUGGAGGGCUCAGCUCAACAAGGCCGUGGCCCUGUUGGGUGCUGGUGAGAAUGAGGAAGCUAAGAAGGCUUUGAAGGAAGCUUUGAAGAUGACAAACAGAGUCGAACUGCACUAUGCCAUGACACACUUGAAGCAACUUCAGAAGCGGAGGACGAAGGUGGUGGUGGGGGCCACCGCGGAGGAGGCGGCCGUCCAACCACCUUCCAAGUUCAAGACCGUGGGGGAGAGGACCACGCCAAGGCCCGAGCUGGCUGCCGCCCUUGAAAUCAGGGCUUUCCAGAGGGUCACAAGAUUGAAGCGUUUGGACGUUGAGAUUCUGAGCAAGGAAAUGAAUGAAAGUGAGGUCCCCCUUUCCUACUCCGGCGUGGGUUCCCCAGAGAAAUCAAUACGGAAGGCUUCCCUAGAGGAAAUCCUCCGCAAGUUGCUCAGCUUCUUGAAGCCAGAGACGUUCAUAGAAGCCAUGAGAGCCAUUAACCAGAAGAUCCUCUCGGUCCUGGACGAGUCGGGAUCGGGCAGGGUCGAUCUCGGGAUGUUCUUCGCCCUCGUCGCCCCUCUCUGCAACGGGUCGCCCGAAAGACGAAAACGGGUCGCGUACGACGCGCUGACGUGGCGGCCCGUGAGCAGCGAGGGCGGCCCGCGCAUCAGGAAAUCCGACUCCCGGAGGUACCUCAACCUCCUGAGAGCCGUAUACUUCUCCCCUUCGCAGGGGUCGAACGAGGCGCUCGAGAGGGGCGAAACGGUCAUUUCCUUCCAUGAGUUCCUCGCGAUGUUCGACGAUCCGGAUCAGGGGUUCGGGAUCAUGGGCACGCUACUGAGGCUCGAGGGCGGGGACAGGAAGCGGCACGGCAGGCAUUGCUGCGCGGCGUGCCGGUACCCGAUAGUCGGGUCCCGGUUCAAGGAGAUGAGAUCGGGGGUGAGUGUGUGUGGGCAGUGUUACAGUGAAGGGAAAGUGCCGCAGAGCUGCAGCAAGCAGGAAGAGUUUAAGUUCAAAGAAUAUGCAACAGAGGGUGAAGCUGUUAAGGACAAGUGUUUGUGGUUUGGUUUGAACUCUAAUAAAACCUCUUCUCCCACUGCCACUGCUACUGCUAGCUAGUUACUCAAGUUCUGUGUUCAUUCUUGCCAUUGUCUUUUGUAUAAUAAUAAUUAUUAUCAUUCAUAUUUUACCUUAAAUUCAUUUUGUGGGGAUUACUGGUUAGGAUUCAGUGCUGUAAAAAAUGUUUUAAAAUUCCAUUUCAAUCGCAUGUUUAGUUGCAAUGCCACAGUUAAAUGAAUUUCUGCUUCAUUC